UGGGCGGUGGAGCUCUGUCCGUCCAGACUGGGCGCGGCGGGCGCGGGGCCGGGGACCAGGCUGCGAUGCCGUGGGUUUGCGGGGGGACAGGCUUUGGAAAAAGGAGGCCGAGGCACCGGGGUGAGGCGAUUCUGGUCCAUCGGGAAAGGAACUCGUUCUUCCAGCGCCCCCACGGCUUCAGCCCGCCUCUCCUCGGCUUUCUCGGUUCGGCUCUGGCGCCGCGUGGCCGCUUGCUUUUCCAACGCCUUCAGUGUGGCAUCGUAACCCCUGUUUAAUUCGCCAAAAUGACCAACACAAAGGGAAAGAGGAGGGGCACCCGCUACAUGUUCUCUAGGCCUUUUAGAAAACAUGGAGUUGUUCCUUUGGCCACAUACAUGCGAAUCUACAAGAAAGGUGAUAUCGUAGAUAUCAAGGGAAUGGGCACUGUUCAAAAAGGAAUGCCCCACAAAUGUUACCAUGGCAAAACUGGGAGAGUCUACAAUGUUACCCAGCAUGCUGUUGGCAUCAUUGUAAACAAACAAGUUAAGGGCAAGAUUCUUGCCAAGAGAAUUAAUGUGCGUAUCGAGCAUAUUAAGCACUCUAAGAGCCGGGAUAGCUUCCUGAAACGGGUGAAGGAAAAUGAUCAGAAAAAGAAGGAAGCCAAAGAGAAAGGUACUUGGGUUCAACUGAAGCGCCAGCCUGCUCCACCCAGAGAAGCACACUUCGUGAGAACCAAUGGAAAGGAGCCUGAACUGUUGGAGCCCAUUCCCUAUGAAUUCAUGGCAUGAUGGGUGUAAAGAAAAUAAAAGACCUGGACUGUGUAAAUGUUUCUCUUAAUUGAGUAGAAGUGUGUGACCCCCUUCCCCAAACAAAUAUUUAAAGCACAUUUUAAUUGUGUCCGAAUUCAGUGGGUGACGUCUUUUUACUUUUCAAAUUUAGUGGGUUUUAUUCCUGAAAGAUGCAAGGUAGUUUGUUGUGCAGUAUACUCCAUUGAUUAAUAAACUGCUAGAUAUUACUUAUAAAAUA